AUGCCUAAACCGGAUAUCAAAGAAGCCCAGCUAUCGAUGCAGAUGCAAAUUAAAGGAUACAAAAUAUUUAUUGCGAUGUUUCUUUUUGGAGUUGUACACGCGCUGAACUUGUGGGAGUUUAAAAUUCUCAUUCAAACGGAAGAAGAGCUCAUACGACUUGGAAUUUUGCCGCCUUUUGAAACUGAAAACAACGAAGACUCUUGA